AUGUUCCAGCAGGACCUCCGCAGCCAAUCCCUCCCAGAAGGCCUCACCAACAUCUUUGCAGAUGACUUCUUCGGUAGUUGGAUUGUUCGAGACUCCCCAGCUCUGGCAAAGGCCAUACGAGCCAUAGGGGUACUGGUCGCCACCCUUCAAAGAGUAGGACUGCAGCUCAGUAUGGAAAAGACUGUCAUACUGCUUGCAUUGGGGGGCACCAGUGCACCUUCAGUUCUCGCCAAGCACCGCGUCUACAUUGAGGAUGAGUCACAUCUGGUCAUACCGGUUGGUCAGCAGCGACUCCCCUUCAAGAUAGUGACGUCACAUCGCUACCUAGGAGCCAAACUAGCUUAUAAGGGCUUUGAGCUGCUCAACCUACGGCACAGACUAGAUGUUGCGUGGGGCAGCUUGUGGCGCUUGCAUUCUAUUUUCAAGGCCAGAACCUUGAGCCUAGGAACCAAGGUUGAUGACCCCUGGUACGUCCUUUGCCAACAGAAGCAAGACUCCCAAUUGAGAUCAGCAAAGCAAGACCUAGAGGAGGAGCCUCCGUCUCAGGAGGUUAUGGGUAAGGAAGUGGAGGUUCCCCGGGCCCAGUCGGCGCCUAGGAUGGACUUGGAGGGUGUAUCAAGGGACGAGCUUCUGGAAGCGGCGGCGGAGCUGCAGCAUAUCCAGACAAUGGCGAUUCAGGGUCACACCUUCUUCGGGCCGGCUCAGGUUCAGAACCCGCAGAGACACUCGGAGUCACGCCAACUGCCACGACCCAGCCAGUUCCCGCCUCAGCCCAAGUACCCCAAAACCAACAACGGCAAAGGGACGGAUGCGGGGAAAGGCAACCCACGCUCCAGAGUUUCUGCCAGCGACAGCCUGGUGGAACACAUGGCUCAGAUCAUGUUUCUAGGAACAGCGCCACCACGGACAACACUACCGCUUCUUCACCAGAUCGGCACCGAGUGGCAUCGCAUGAAGGCCGAGGACCCGGCGAGCCUACAACAGCCGAUGAGGGUCAUCUUGUACCAAACAUGGGCCAACGAGUUUCGCAAACGUGUGCACGAGCUGGAAACGGACCAGGACAAGAGCCAGGAAGCGAUCCGCAGGGGCAUCCUCACCGAAUCCGGUCACUUCAAGUUUGUCAGGUGGAAUCGGGAGACGCAAGCUCUGCAGGAGGUGACCACAAUCGCUCCGCUGAGUCUACAGGAGGUUCUCUCCCUCCUCGACGAGACCAUUGUGCUCAGCAUAGUGGAUGGAGUAAUCGUCAACUUCCACCCGACCAGGCAGCUUGCGGAGCACAUGACAGGACCCACAGUAACGUUCAGCUUAACAGUGGGCCUUCGCGAGCCGAAGGCGUUCCGCUUCUGGUCAAUCAUGGAAGCCCUAUCGGGGAGUGCAUCGCUCCAACUGGUGGCCACAACUCUUCGGAGGGAGCGCCGUCAGAGGUCCGCCCUAGCGCAGACCAUUGCGCAGGAGCUGAGGCGUCGGCCACUUUGCAGCAAAUAUGCAAACUUGCCCUAG